UUCAUUCAUCCAAAAAAUUAGACCUAGAUACUCUUCUCAAUAUCUAUUUUCUUGAUUAUUUGAAAAUGAUAGGGUGGGAAGAUGUUUACAAAGUUGUGGUAGCAAUGGCACCACUUUAUGUUGCCCUAAUUUUAGGCUAUGCCUCAGUAAAAUGGUGGCGAAUUUUCACAACGGAUCAAUGCGAUGCCAUCAAUCAACUCGUUUGUUAUUUCACUCUCCCACUUUUCACCUUCGAAUUCACAGCUCACGUUGAUCCUUUCGAUAUGAAUUACAAGUUCCUUGGAGCUGAUGCCAUCUCAAAGGCGAUCAUAGUCGCGGUGCUAGGGUUUUGGGCAAAGUGUAGUAGCAAAGGGAGUUAUCGUUGGUCUAUAACGAGUUUUUCUUUGUCCGCACUUACUAAUUCGCUCGUGGUAGGAGUACCUCUUAUGAAAGCCAUGUAUGGUGAGGAAGCUGUACAUUUAGUUGUACAGUCUUCAGUUACACAAGCAAUUGUGUGGCUAACUGUUCUAUUGUUUGUGUUGGAGGUGAGGAGAACAAGGAGUGAUUUCAGCUUAGAUUCUGCUGUUGGAGACAUGAAUAAUAAUAAUAUUGUAUCAGAAAAUGGGAAAGAUUUGGAAGGAAAUAAUAGAAAGGUGGUGACAAGCAUCACAAGGCCUUCAUUUUGGUGUUUGACAAAGACAGUGUGGUUGAAACUUGCUACCAAUCCUAAUUCAUAUGCUUGUAUCUUUGGCCUGACUUGGGCACUUAUAUCGAACAGGUGGCACUUUCAAAUGCCAAGCAUCAUGGAAGGCUCUAUUCUGAUAAUGUCAAGGGCUGGCACAGGCACUGCCAUGUUUAGCAUGGGGAUGUUUAUGGCAUUACAAGAGAAAGUGAUAGCAUGUGGUGCAAGUCUGACAGUGUUUGGAAUGGUGUUGAGGUUCAUAGCUGGACCAGCAGCUAUGGCUAUUGCUUCUAUUCUUAUUGGUUUGCAUGGGGAUGUCUUACGUGUUGCCAUAAUUCAGGCAGCACUACCCCAAUCCAUUACCUCCUUCAUAUUUGCCAAAGAAUAUGGUUUACAUGCAGAAGUUCUUAGCACUGCAGUAAUCUUUGGCAUGCUGGUGUCCCUUCCGGUAUUGGUUGGCUAUUACGCUAUCUUGGAAUUCCUACACUAAUUAUAUUCCUCAUCACCAAAGAAAUUAGUUGUUACAAAGAACCACAAUUAAUUUUGUCGCAUUUGGAGAGCAUCCAAUAUUACUUAUAGAUGAGUUUGUUACUAAGUUAUUAUUUAAUCCAAGCUUAAACUUGUUAUUAUGUGUAAACCUUGAAAAAUGAAAAAGACAUACAUAUUAUAUUGUGGCGUAGAUAAUAAUGACCUUUUUUUGUUUU